AUAAAAUGCAGCUUUGUUUGCAAUUGUUAAUAAACAUGAUUCCAUACUGAAGGAGAGCACUCUUAUUGAUACUUUGUCGGAGAAGGAUGGCCCGAAACAAGGCGCUUAUUACCGAUCUAUUCUCGUCUGCUUUAGGUUUAGCUUUUUGUGGUGUUGCUACGGUAACACCUGGAUUCUUUAUUACUCGGAAUGGAAGGAUGAGCAUCUUUUACUUUAACUAUAAGGAGUUUGGAUCUGACUCAUGGUCAACAAAGACUUACCUAGCUUAUGAUGAGGAGCACGAUACGAAUGGAUCCACUCAGCUCUCAAUGCUAGAUGUGCAGUUGGAAAGCCUACUUACUCUUGUUCUUGGUGGAUUCGGUUGGUUGAUUCCUUUGUCGAAUACCAUGAAAAAAUCGCCAAUUCCACUAAUGUUUUUGACUGGAGGAAUAUUUCUACUGGUGGCAG